GCGCGGGUGUCAUUUGCCGCCGAGCGACCUGCCUACACGUCAAAAUGCCACAUGGACACCCCUACCACGGCUAUGGCGCCUAUCCGCCACAUCAAUAUCCUCCUCCCCCUCCCGGCCAUCCCAUGUACGCCCCUGCGGGGGUAAUGUACUAUCCUAUGCACCCCGCAUAUUUCUACCCUUACCCUCCACCCCAACAACCAGUCGACCCCGUCCAGGUCGUCGAUGGGGAGGAAGAAGUUGUCCCCGAACUACCUGGGGAAACCGUUGAACUGCCGUGGAGUACAUACCGUUGGGUGCCAGCGUGCCUGAGCCAGCGCAGCAUUCCUCCAGGAGCGCUGCGUGUCGGCGUUGACGCAGACGGUGAGGAGAUCUACGCCGGCCGUGCACACCAUGAAGGCCAUAUCAUGCCUGCUAAGGUCAUCCCUUCCAAGAACUCUUGCUACAUCUCCUUCAGGGGAGAAGAGAUCUUAAAAGAUCAAUUUGAGGUGCUAGUCCCGGCUAUGUUCGCAUGGCAGUUUUCAUCCAACGGUGAAGUGCCUCCAGGCGCGGUAGAGGCCGGACAGACUGCCAGCGGUGAGAAGCUCUACUUCGGCAGGGUCACCCAUGAUGAGUGCACCACUCCUGGCAAGAUCCACCCAAGUCACGGAACCUGCUAUUAUCCGUUUGACGGGGAAGAGCGAAGCUCCGCCGAAUACGAGUGCCUCGUGCUUAUGUAAAUAACAUACGUGUCAACGUUCAUCUACACAACAUCUCUUAUGAAAAUACCGAAAUAAAUUAAAUAAAAUUUAAACGUGGGUUGGUUGAAAUUGAAAAUUGAUGUACAAACAUAAGUUUUUACUAUUAAGUAUUUAUCAAAAAGCACCCGCAGGUCUUAUUUUCUUAGCAAAAAAGUUAAUAUUUGCUCAUAAUUUAUGUUCAUUUCGAGGUUGUUGUUUACUGGUCAAACAAAUGUAGAUGUAACUGUUAUAUAUAGAGGUA